CCCAAGCCUGGAGGCUGAGUCAGGAGGAUCGCCACGGGUUCGAGGCCACCUUGGGCAACACAGCAAGUUCAUGGCCAGCCUGCACUACAUCGCGAGUCUCAGCCUCAAGGUUUUUUUGAAAAAAUGAUUAAAGUGUAAAUAAUAUGCUCCAACUGGUAUCAUGGUCCUCUUGGGAACUGGUAGUAACAACAACAAAAAAAUGACUAUCAUGUAUUACCAAAAAAAUUCACUUGCGUUUGCUUAAUUCCUCUUACAAAGGAACACAAGCCCUAAAAAGGCCCCGCGGCUUUGUUUCCUGCUGGUGAAGCUGGAGCCCGCCCGCUCGCGCGCCCUCUGCUGGCGGAGCAGGGCGUUACCGCUGCUUCUCCCUAAGCGCAAGAUCGUGGGGGCCAACGAAGGAGGCGGCAAGUUCGCGUUUUGAGCAGAAGCAGGUGGCGGCCGCCGUAGCUCCGUCACGGGGUCAGGUCUGGCACUGGCCCUGCAGUCUCCGCGGCCGAGCCGGAACUAGUUUGUCGGGGGAUGGUUGCAGCUCUCAGAGCUUUCAGGACGGACGCGCCGCUCCUUCCGCCUCAGCCAAUCAGCGGCUUAGGGGGCGGGCAAUUGUGGCGCGCGGGGCGGGGCGAGCGCCAGUGGGCGUGCCCUGGCCGGUCCGCGGCGCAGGAGUGGGGUCGCGCGUCGGCCUCGGAAGAUGGCGGCGCGGCCCCGGAUGGAAGACGGCUCCCUGGACCUCGUGCAGAGUGUGGAGGAGGACCCGCUGCUGGACGCCCGGCUGCCCCCACAGCACUCCCUGCAGGCUCACUUCAGACCCAGCUUCGAGCCGCUGCCCACGGCGCUCACAGCCGUUGUGCUGCUGCUCGUCCACGUGGUGUUUGUGGUCUUGGUGUUUUUAACUGGUGUGCUCUGCUCGUACCCUGACCCAAAGGAGGACAGGUGCCCGGGGAACUACACCAGCCCGCUGAAGGCGCAGAGUGUUCUUGUCCUGGGCAAGGUGGCGCUGUGGCUCCUGUACCUGCUGCUCGCGCGCUACCUCCAGCAUCACCACAGCAGGGCGCGGGGCCGUGGCUACAGCAGCAUCGACCGCGCCACACAGCCCCUGAAGACGCUGGCCCUGCUCACGCACUCGGCCGGCAAUGCGGCGCUGCUGCUGGUGCUGGGCGUGCAGCACUCCUUCCCCGGGCGCGGCAGGCUGUACCUCAUGCUCAUCCUGGCUGUGCUGGCCCUGGAGCUGCUCUGCUGCCUGACCUGGCUGCUCCUGUAUGCAGUGAAAAUUAGAAGAUUUAAUAGAGCCAAACCUCAGCCUGAUGUGCUGGAAGAAGAGAAGCUCUAUGCCCAUCCCAGCAGUCUGGCCUCGGAGACCGGAUUCAGGACUGCAGGGAGCCUGGAGGAGGUGGUGGAGAAGCAGGCCGACAUCAUUGCCUAUCUGCAGCGACACAACGCACUGCUCAGUCGGCGGCUGCUGGCUCUUGUGGCCUCACCACCAGGCCGGACCUGAGCAGCUGCAGGAUUGGACUGGCCUGCACUGGAGGGGACAUCUGAGGAUCCCAGCUGGCCAAGGCCAUGAUGAUGUGGGGCCCUGAGGACAGCAUUGUUGUGCUUGCAACCCUAGGACCUUAGAGUUGCAGCUGCAGAGGGCAUUGCUUAGCAGUGUGCUCGGCACUCUUGACCCCAUGGAACUGUGGCAGGAAAGGGCCCUGCAGCGGGCCAUCAGUGGUCACCAAGGGGACUCGGGCCCAACGGUCAUGUUCAUCAGCGUUUGGGGAUUGGACCCAGGGCCUCACACAGAGCCCACCUUGCUGGUGUUCUAACAGUGUUGAAAGAAGUAAGCUCUGCUGUUAAAACAGAGAGGGGAGUCAUCCCUCCUGCAGGGUCCCUGCUACCUGACCACGUGUGCUGUGUGCGUCUUUGGCCCUGGUGACCAUGAAGCUGCAUACCUAUUUUUCCCUCCUGUGGCAAGCACCCCACUGGGGAGCCAUACCCCACACACAGCUGUCACUGAAUGUCCUCACCGAGAGACCCCAACCUGGGCAUGGGGUGUACACUGACAGUCACAGCACUCGGCAGGCUGAGGCAGAAGAGCCUCAAGUUGAAGGCCAGCUUGGAUAUCAGAGCAAAACCCUGUCUCUAAAGCAACAGAAAACCAACUGUAGAACCAAGGUCUCACGGCAUGAUUUACUAUGCAAAUUCUAGUUUCUUCUUCAGAAAUCGGGUGUGAAGGUUACCCAGACACACCCCAGGGGCAGCACCUUGUGCUGGCGAAGGCUGGAAGAAUUGGAGAUUUCCCUUUGCUUCGCUCUUCUUAAGGGUUUUCAGUAUAUUUCUUAAGGGUCAGUUCAUUGGCUCAAGAAGUUAAGCUCCAUGAGAGGAAAAGUCCCAAGGUUUAAAAUCCAUCAAGAGAAAAAAAAAGAGCUAUUUAGUCUUGGGUUAUUCUUAAAAUUGUGGGGGUCUGGCGAGAUGGCUCAAUAGAAUAAGCGCUACCCUGGCAGGCACAAGGGCUUGAGUUCAAUUCCCGGUUCCAAAAAAAAAAAAAAAAUUGUG